AUGCAGGCUAGCGUAGCGGUUGCGGAGGCGCUCGAUGCCGGGAAGCUCACGGCGCAGCCCGUCGCCGGCGUGGCCGACUUCGCGGUGGCCGGCCUCGCCGUGGCCAUCGCGGCGCUCGCCGUCGCAGCGUCGUUCGUGCUCGUCUCCUUCGACGCGCACGCGCACGCGGGGCAGGGCCGGCUGCGCCGCAUCCUCGACCUCGGGCCAUCGCUGUGCGGGCUACGCCUGCUGCUCGCCUUCUUCGUGGGGCUCCUGGCCGCCGCCGAGUUGCUCCGCCUCCCGUUCUUCCGCGGCGCAGCCAUGCUGCCGCCGCGCCGCCACGUCAUGCCGUGCCUCGCGUACCCGCUCGUGGCCCACGGCAUCGCGGAGCCAGGGCUGCUCGCCAGCGUGCUCCUGCUGCUGCGCGCGUCCGUCGGCGGCGCGCGGCUGCCGGCGGCCGCGCUCGCCGUGCCGCUCGCCUGCCUGCCGUUCCUCACCGCGCACGUGGUCGUCCUCGCCACGCCGGCCACCGUCGCGGCCUACCCAGGCCAGCUCGCGCACGCCGCGGACGGCGCCGGGCACUGCGCGUACCCGGCGUACGCCGCCACGCUGCUCCUCGCCCUCGUGGCUGUGUACCUGCCGCUGCUCGCCACUGCGUGCUGGGACGUGGCCGCCGUCGCCAUCAACAGGCGGCUGCGCGCGAGGGCGUACGCGCUCUCCGUGCUCAUCCUCGUGCCGCUGCCGCUGCAGGUGCUGGCGCUCGCCCUGACCUCGGUGUGGGACAUGCACCAGUACACGUCGCCCACCGUCGGCCUCGUUGGGUUCGUCGCCGUGGCGGUGGCCACCGAGGCAACGCUUGUCAUCCUCGUGAUGCUGCCGGUUCACGAUGCGCUUGUCCUUGUCCAGCAGCUGCCGGCAGCGACCGCCGGCCAGGAGGCGCCUGAUGACCUCGGAAGAUGA